AUGUUUCGUUCGCCGGCUCUCCGUUGCGUUGGCAUAAUCCAACCGACAUUAAGUCGCAGAUGUUUUCAAAUCUCUUCUAAAGCUUUAAGGAAUGAAAACAAUGGCUCACUAUUUGGAUCCCUAACGAAAGGUGCAGAAGAGGAAUCUGACGAUCCUAAUAGGAUCUCCAACAGGUUGACUGCAGCAUCAAGUGUAGUAGAAGGUGGAAACAAUGCAAAAGAAACGGUAACGGUCGAAAACGAUAAGUUACUCCAAUCGUUCAUUAGAAAAAGUCAUCCCGUUAAAUCGGCCUCGGAGCUACUGCUAUCUCCAUUGAAAAGAAGGAUAUACCAGGAAAACUGUAGAGUGAAUGGUGGAUUUUUUAAAAAAGAUACAGUUGUUACGAUUGCCAACGAAAAUGGCCAGAAGUUGAAAUAUCAACUUGAUUUGACUCGUGAAGAAAUUGAGGUUUUGGAGCCAAGCGUCUACGUCAAAUCUUACAGAAUUAAAUCAUCAAUGAAGAAAGCAACACAACUACUAAGAUUAAUUAAUGGUCUUGACGUGGAAAAAGCACUUACUCAAUGCCAUUUCUCGGAUAAAAAGAUAGCAAGAGAUGUUGCAGAAGUGUUAACGCGCGGUAUCAAAGACGCUGAGCAGCUAGGAAUGAAGGCGGAUGACCUAUAUAUUGGCCAAAUAUGGACUGGUAGUGAUGGUUGGUGGCAGAAAAGAGUUGACAUAAAGGCCAGAGGCAGGAAUGGUGUCAUAACUCAUCCUUAUGUGCACGUCAGAUGCAUCCUGAAAUCGAAGCGAGUCACCAAAAGGAGACUAGCCUACGAGAAGCAAAUGAAGCAGCAAGCGAAAAAGCCAUGGGUUCAACUGGCUGACAAGCCUGUGAGAGGUGCUAUGGGCGGUGCAUAUAAAUGGUAA